GGACAGCGCGCAGCAGGAAGGAAGAAACAGGCACACGAAGGAAGGAACGUGGAUUAAUCUUCACUGUUCCCCCUUUCCUUGAUGUGUCUGCCUCGGGUUUAAUCUUGCGGAGACCCUAGAGGUGCAGAGGGUCCGCGGGGUGGGGGGGGUUUGCUGAUGGGAGGAUGAGAAGGGAAGGUCGGCGCCUGUCUAUGGAAGCUGACUUUCCUGCAGCCAGCAUCAUGCCGUGCCCGAACAACCCGCAGCAGCUCAGCUCCGAGCAGAGCCCCUCGCUCGCCAAGAGAGUGAGAUUCGCAGCCAGCCCGGAGCACGAAAACAUCGGGCACCAGCUCAAACUGCUGCCCAUGAACGACCAGAUCCGAGAGCUGCAGACCAUCAUCAGGGACAAAACAACUAGCAGAGGGGACUUUGUAUUUUGUGCUGAUCGCUUGAUCAGACUAGUGGUCGAAGAAGGACUGAACCAGCUUCCAUACACUGAAUGUACAGUCACAACUCCUACAGGCUAUAAGUAUGAUGGAGUGAAGUUUGAGAAGGGAAACUGUGGCGUUAGUAUUAUGAGAAGUGGUGAAGCAAUGGAACAAGGUUUGCGAGAUUGUUGCCGAUCAAUACGAAUCGGAAAAAUCCUAAUACAAAGUGAUGAAGACACCCAAAAGGCAAAGGUGUACUAUGCUAAGUUCCCACCUGACAUCUACCGCAGGAAAGUGCUUCUCAUGUACCCAAUAUUGAGUACAGGCAACACAGUUAUUGAAGCUGUGAAGGUUCUGAUUGAGCAUGGAGUGCAGCCAAACCAUAUAAUCUUACUCAGUCUUUUUUCAACACCACAUGGUGCAAAAUCUAUUAUUGAAGAAUUCCCCGAUAUCACAAUUUUAGCAACAGAAGUACAUCCAAUCGCACCCACACAUUUUGGACAGAAAUAUUUUGGUACGGAUUGAAGUCAAGACCAGAUCCUAAUGAAACCUUUGAAUAUUUUGCUGCUUCAAUAACAAAGGCUUAGUUUUAUUUUAGUGUGUUUCCCCUCUUCCAAACCUUUUCAGGACAAGUCAAAAUGUUAACCAGCUUAAUGUUGACAUCUAGAAGAACGACCUAAACUAUUUGCCUUAACUUCUUUUCCUCAGUCAUUUGUGUAAAAGUCGGUUCUAAAAAGCACAUUCCAAUUCUUUCAAAAUGUUUGCACUGUGCUUGCAUGCAUCAUUGUCAUGUAACCAUUGUAGCCUAUUUAUUGUUUGUAUUUAGAGGCAGUGCCUAAU